AUGCUACAGGCCAGCAACCAGAGCCCAUCAUCUCAGAGGCCCCUGGAUGUCCUUCGAAGGAACCAGGACCCUCAGAGCCCAGCAUCCAUCUCUGUCAUCAUCUUCAUCACACCCAAAGAAGAACCAGCCUUGCAGGAGGGUUUCCAUCUCCAGGAUGAUGGGCUGCCAGCAACUGCAGAGGAUGCAGCCACCUGCUUAACUGUGCUGUCCAGCCAGCCAGCCCACUGUAGGGCCUCUUGCUGCUUAAGAAGAGCUGAUGGGCUGGGCAUGUUGGCUCACACCUGUGAGCACAGUACUGAGAAAUGGGAGCACAGUACUGAGAAAUGGGAGCACAGUACUGGGAAAUGGGAGCACAGCACUGGGAAAUGGGAGUACAGAGUACUGGGGAGUGGGAGCACAGUACUGGGAAAGAGGAGUACACAGCGCUGGGAAAUGGGAGCACAGGACUGGGAAAUGGGAGCACGGUACUGUGAAAUGGGAGCUCACAGCACUGGGAAAUGGGAGCACAGUACUGGGAAGGGGGAGCCCAUAGUACUGGGAAAUGGGAGCACAGUACUGAGAAUUGGGAGCACAGUACUGGGAAAUGGGAGCACAGUACUGGGAAAUGGGAGCAUAGUACCUGGAAACCCCAGACCUGGAUUCUAAGUUUUUCAGCCUAGCCCAGACUUCUUAUCUUAGUAGACAAAAAGAGUCAAUACCAGAGAACCAGAGGCAUCCUCUGUAUUUUAAUGAACUCUGCCUUUUAGUCUGUUUAGUAGUCAUAUUUUAAAAGAUAAUCAGUUUUCCAAAUAUAUGUAUAAUUUACCAUG